AUGUAUCUUGUUCGAACAGUAUCAAAAUAUCAUUCAUCUCGUCUUGUUCAUCUUCUUGAAACAUGGAUUUCACUUGUUCAUGAACAUGUCUAUUAUAUAAGUGAUACCUAUCCACCUAAUAUCACUCGAACACAUGUAAUAGCAACAGGAACAACUUGUGGUCCUAGCUCACAUAAAGUUCGAGCUCUUUGUUGUCAAACAAUUCAUGAUUUUAUUUUUUAUCGUCGUUAUGAAUCUCAAUAUGAUUGGUUUUGUCAUUUUGAUGAUGAUCAAUAUGUUCAUACAGAUAAUCUUCAUGAAUAUUUAUCUAAACUUGAUUCUAAUUAUCCAUAUUAUAUUGGACGAAAUUCUUGGAAUACGAAAUUUAGACGAAAAAAAAAUAAAGCUUAUCCAGGUGAUUUUUGGUUUGCAACACUUGGCGCUGGUGUUUGUCUAUCGAAACGUACUCUUCAUUUACUUGAACCUUAUACUCGUACUGUAUCGCAAUUUGUCGAUGGAUGUUCACGACAAUGGUAUCCGGAUGAUAUUUAUCUCGCUUUUAUUCUUAAUAAUCAUCUUAAUAUAUCACUUACAAAAAAUCUUCGUUUUCAUUCUCAUCUUGAAGGUUCACUAUUUAAAGAUAAACAAGAAUUUAUUGAUACAUUUCAUCAACAAAUUACAUUCGGCUUUGAAUUACGUCGAACAAUAUCUCAGUACCUCCCAAAUUUAUUUCCUAAAAAUAUUGAUCCACUUCGCAUGCGAACAGUUCACUGUCUUCUUUAUACUCAUUUUAAAGAUUGUCAAUCACGAAUAAAAAACAAUACGUUCAAUAUAACAAAAUAA